CGCCAUAUCGAAAUAAAGCAGACUUCUGCGGGAAAAGAUUCGGACAAACGAAAGGCUUACCACGAACGUAAAAGUCAGAGGUCUGAGCGAGCUGAUCAGAAAUGGCGUCGGCCUCUCCACCUCUCUUGCCCUGUCAUCCUCGCUGUCGUGGACGCCUCUCUCUCUCAUCCUCGCGGCCUUUCCCUCCUCGCUUCGCCACCCGUCUCAAGUUAUUUGUCAGACAGGGUUUGACAACACAAUCAGGUUCAGUACCGUCUGCCAUCAAAACUAGGGGUCAGGCCUUCCGACUAUUGGCGGAUCCCAAUAUGUCUUCAGGGAGAGGAAGUUCCAUAAAUGAUGUGAUCAUGGUAGAUCCUUUGGAAGCCAAGCGUUUAGCUGCUAAGCAAAUGCAACAACUUCAAGCAAAAGAGAAGUUUCAGAGAAGACGUAAGCUUGAAGCGAUAAAUGGAGCAUGGGCGAUGAUUGGUCUCGCAGCAGGCUUGGUAGUCGAAGGUCAAACUGGGAAGGGUAUCUUGAGCCAGUUGGCUGGAUACUGGGAUGCUUUCGUUCGGUUUUUUGUGCAGUAGGCAUCUUCCUGGUGGAGCUGGGUGUACAUUGAGAAGCUACAGAUUCAUUGUUAUUCUUUGAAAUUGCACUUGUAGAUUUCUUGUUCAUUCCAUUUCUGCCCUUUUCCGUCCUUCGGAUUUCACUUCACCGGUUGUGUUGCUUUCACGGCACAUGGCAAUGAACAUCUUCACAAAUACAGGAAUACAUAAUUGCAACA